AUGAGGGCCAUGGGUGGAGGGCUUAAAAAGGACAGACGCACACAGACAGCCAACAACCCUGGACAGAGACAGCAACCAACAGGUAUCUAUCUGAAAACAUUUUUAUGGACUUUAUACAAAGACAUGUCUUUGGAGACACCCCUGGGUUUGGGGCCCUUUCCUGUUAUUCAAGUUUAUGAAGAAUUAAAACAAAAUAACUUUUUGGAGUAUAAAUGGGCCGGUUUACAUUUGUUUUAGAGCUUUUGGUCUUCUGAUGAAUUGAGGCUGCUGCAGGAAUUGAAACGGCAACUAUGGAAUAUUGUACCUUUUCUCACUAUCGAGCUGCUCUGAACUGUACUGGGAUGAAGUGGAUAUUUCUUCAAAUCAUAUCUUUUCACAUUGCCCUUUCCAGCAGCUAUGGUGGAUUCAUAACUAGGCCAGCACAGGUACAAUUCGGCACAGCUCAGUAGAGCGAAAAGGGUAUUUGUAUGGCACCCCAUCACGCUGGUCACAGAGCAACAUGCUGACAGAUCUAUUGCUCAGCAUCAGAAGAUUAGUUGUGAAGCGUUGGGGGGAAUUACUUGGAAACAAUGGUUUGAAUCAGCUUGUUCAGCAUUCUCAUUGACAUGGCGGCAUUUUGUGUUUUUGCUUUGGCACAAUUUGCUGGUGUUUGCUUUUGUACUUGGUUGCUCUUGAUCAGAUGGAAAUGUGCAUUCAAAGAUAUUGAAAUGAAAUUACAUUUUAGAAUGGAUUAGAAAUUAGGUUUCAACUUGAGCAAUUUAUUUUGCAAAAACACAGCAUAAUGACUAGAAGUGCAGAGGUCGUUGGUGUGCUUAUAUUAGGGUAGGUGUCACCACCUCCACAUGCCAUAAAACUACAGAUGUGUCCACUCUAAAGCGUAAAGGUGUUAGGGUUGACUUCCAAAUGAAGGCCCUGCUUGAAUACUUCAAAAAUGCAUCCUUCCCUUCAGUCCUUCCUUUAAGCCUAAUCACAGAUCAGACUAAACUGCUUUCCCCCAUGAAAGUAUGCCAGAUUAGACCCAAGGAAGGAUGCAUUUUAUCAAAUUGAACUCAUGGCUGAAACAGUGAACAAUGCCACACACCGUUGCGGCGUCUACUCCAGCAGGUGUCCACCCCAGCACGUGGGGAGGGUAAAGCAAAGGGCUGGUGGAUAGCCUAGUGGGAACAAUGUGCUGAUCUGAGCUGUGUGGAAAGUUCACAUUCAUCACAGUCACCUUGCCCUCAGAGCCAACAACAAAAAUAACCUGAAGUAUCACCAGAAUUCUGUCAUGCAGAUUUUAAGGGGACCUUCCUUUACGUUUAGUUUGAACUUAGACUUGCUCGGUUAGACUGCAACUGUUGAACAGAGUAAAAAAAAAAAAAUCUGUUUCGCAUUUGACGAUGGUUUGAUGUAUUUCGAUGUCUCUGAACCUGCUAUAAAGGGCUUCUUUAUGUGAUCAUAUAACUUUAUGGCUUGUUUUCUCAGAGGUAAAAAUGAUUAAUUCCACAGCAAGUCUCUUCUAUGUAAUGCAUGUCAUGAGUAUGAAGCAUGGUUCCCUCUGAUCUAUUAUAAAAAUAACUUUAACUUUUAAAAAAAGUAACUGAAACGUUACCCUAUACUUGGAGAUGUACAGGAUAUAACAGCAUACAGUGUAUAUAACCUCCCUACCGCUGUAUAUAGCCUCCCUACUGUUAUUUUAUUUUACUGCUGCUCUUUAAUUAUUCGCAAAACAUAUUUUUUCUUAAACUGUAUUGUUGGUUAUGGGCUUGUAAGUAAACAUUUCACUGUCAUGUCUACACCUGUUGUAUUCGGCAUGUGGCAAAUAAAAUGUGAUGUGAUUUGAUUUGAUUAGAGUGAUAACACAGUGAUGAACCAUUUUCUAUUAUUCUCUCGUUUUUGUAGCUCAAAUAGUUGCAGUGCAUUUAGGAGGACUGUGCUAUCCCAGGGUUCUCCUUGAUGCUGUACACUUUAGCAGGAGGGGGUACACUCUGUGGUGUGGCCGCCCUCGUGCUCCUCAUCGUCUCCACGGCGACCGACUUCUGGAUGCAGUACCGCUACUCGGGAGCGUCGGCCAAUCAGGGCCUCUGGAGGUUUUGCAUCAAUCACAAGUGCCACGCCCACACCAUCACUGUGGGUGAGUACCGAGUAGUAGAGCGUACAAACUACUUUUAAACUUGUUGUUUUUGGAUCCUCUCUAUUCAUUUGUCAUACUUUGAGGUUGAUUUGAGCAUGCUACCUGGGGUCCAUUGAUUCUCAGUGUGUUUUUGUUAUCAACGCUAACGUGGCUAAUGCAGAUGGCGGCUAUGGUAUCGCUAUGUAUACAAACACGUGGGGAUCACACUUUUUCUUGGCCGAUAGACUACUAUUAAGGUAUGGUAACAUACAAGUUAUUUUGUAUUUUGGGUGAACUACCCCGUUAACCUCAACUAUUGUGACCCAGUGCCAUUUACUGUCCUUUGUAUGUAUAGAGCAUUCGGAAUGUAUUCAGACCCCUUCACUUUUUCCACUUUGUUACGUUACAGCCUUAUUCUAAAAUUUAUUAAAUUACAUGUUUUCCUCUUCAAUCUACACACAAUACCCCAUAAUGACAAAGCGAAAACAGGUUUGUAGAAAUGUUUGCAAAUUUAUUAAAAUUAAAAAAAGAGAAAUACGACCCUAAGCACACAGCCAAGACAAUGCAGGAGUCUCUGAUUGUCCUUGAGUGGCCCAGCCAGAGCCCGGACUUGAACCCGAUCUAACAUCUCUGGAGAGACCUGAAAAUAGCUGUGCAGCGACACUCCCCAUCCAACCUGACAGAGCUUGAGAGGAUCUGCAGAGAAGAAUGGGAGGAACUCCCCAAAUACAGGUGUGCCAAACUUGUAGCGUCAUACCCAAGAAGACUCAAGGCUGUAAUCGCUGCCAAAAGUGCUUCAACAAAGUACUGAGUAAAAGGUCUGAAUAAUUUUGUAAAUGUGAUAUUUCCGUUUUUUAUUUUUAAUAAAUGUGCAAAAAAUUCUAAAAACCUUUUAUUUUUUUGCUUUGUCAUUAUGGGGUAUUGUGUGUAGAUUGAUGAGGAAAAAAACUAUUUAAUACAUUUUAGAAUAAGGUGUAACAAAAUGUGGAAAAUGACAUACCCAAAUCUAACUGCCUGUAGUUCAGGACCUGAAGCAAGGAUAUGAAUAUUAUUGAUACCAUUUGAAAGGAAACACUUUGAAGUUUGUGGAAAUGUGAAAUUAAUGUAGAAAAAUGUAACACAUUAGAUCUGGUAAAAGAUAAUACAAACAAAACAUCAUGCGUUUUAUUUUUUUGAAAUACAAGAGAAAGGCCACAAUAUAAUAUUGCAGUUUAGAUUUUGGCCACUAGAUGGAAGCAGUGUCUGUGCAAAGUUUCAGAUUGCUCCAGUGACGCAUUGCAAUACUGGACUAUUUUGUAUCAAGUCUACCCAAAUGUGCCAAAUACGUAAAUUGAUACAUUUUCAAGCACAUAACUAUAGAGAACAUACAAAAAUGAUAUGGUAAUACAAAAUGUAAGUUUACACUCUCCCAGGAAUGUCAUACAUGACGGAUCAUUAGCUUAUACACUAACUUUCACACAUCUAGAUGACCGGGCGGGGUGGGUGUGGAGCCAGAGACAGCAGGGGUUCAAACUGUAGAACCCAGUUCCUACAUUUGAAUAUAAAAAUGGAUUUGAUCAAACAAAACUAUGCUACAUUUUAUCUCUGGGACCCUCAGGAUGACAAAUCAGAGCAAGAUUACUGAACGUAAGUACAUUAUUUACCGUCAGAGGUGAAUGUAUCAAACCAGUUGCCAUGAUAAGUUCUGUUGUUGUGCACUCUCCUCAAACAAUAGCAUGGUAUUUUUUCACUGUAAUUGCUACUGUAAAUUGGACAGUGCAGUUAGAUUAACAAUAAUUAAAGCUUUCUGCCCAAAUAAGACAUGUCUAUGUCCUGGAAAGUUUGCUGUUACUUACAACAGUCAUGCUAAUCACAUUAGCGCACGUUAGCUCAACCGUCCCGUAUAUGGGACACCGAUCUCGUAGAGGUUAAUAUACUUACUUAAAUGACGGUGUCCUCUCUGCACAGCCUUCUGGGAUGCGACAAGGGCCUUCAUGCUACUGUCCGUGCUGAGCUGCUUUGCUGGUGUAUUGCUGGGCCUGAGUGCCUUCGUCAACGGCACCAAGAGCAGGAGGGUCCGGACGGGGGGCUUCGCUCUGCUCCUGUCAGGUAAACACCCCAUCUGAAAAGACAGGAAAGUUAAACGCAUGUAAGACCUACAGGGGGUUUACUUUGAUCUGUCCAGUUCCUUCAAGGAGGGGAGAGGAUAGGUGGAUGAGAGGAGAGGGAGAGGAGGGGUGGAUGAGAGGAGAGGUGGAUGAGAGGAGAGGGAGAGGAGGGUGGAGGAGAGGAAAGGUGGAGGAGUGGAGAGGAAAGGUGGAGGAGAGGGAGAGGAGGGGUGGAUGAGAGGAGAGGGAGAGGAGAGGUGGAUGAGAGGAGAGGAAAGGUUGAGAGGGAGAGGAAAGUUGGAGGAGAGGGAGAGGAGGUGGUGGAUGGAGAGGAGAGGGAUGGGAGAGGAAGGUUGAUGAGGGAGAGGAAAGGUGGAGGAGAGGGAGAGUGAGGGGUGGAUGAGCGGAGAGUGGAGAGGAGAGGGUAAGUGAGAGCGAGAUGGAAAGGAGAGGGUGAGACGGAGGUGAUGAGAGGAGGAGAAGGUGAUGAGGAGGAAGAGAGGUGGAUGAGCGGAGUGAUGAGAGGAAAGGAGAGGGUGGAGGAGCGGAAGGUGUGAUGAGGAGAGAGAGAGGUGGAGGAGGGAGAGGUGUGAAGGAGAGGGGAGAGGAGGUGGAGGGGAGAGGAAGGAGAGGGUGGAGGAGCGGAGAGGUGGAUGAGAUGAGAGAGAGGGUGGAGGAGCGGAGAGGUGGAUGAGAGGAGAGGAAGGAGAGGGUGGAUGAGAGAGGGAGGAGGGGACGAGAGUUGAUGAGAGGAGAGGAGAGAGGUGGAUGAGAGGAGAGGAAAGGAGAGGGUGGAGGAGCGGAGAGGUGGAUGAGAGGAGAGGAGAGAGGUGGAUGAGAGGAGAGGAAAGGAGAGGGUGGAGGAGCGGAGAGGUGGAUGAGAGGUGGAUGAAGAGAGGAAAGGAAGGUGGAGAGCGAGAGGUUAGAGGGGAGAGAGUUGAGAGGAGAGGGUGGAGGAGUGGAGAGGUGGAUGAGAGGAAAGGAGAGGGUGGAGGAGCGGAGAGGUGGAUGAGAGGAAAGGAGAGGGUGGAGGAGCGGAAAGGUGGAUGAGAGGAGAGGAAAGGAAAGGAGACUGAAAGUAGGAAGUAUGGGAUAGUGUAGCAGUCAGGAAUUACAUUUAGUAAAUUUGUUUAUAGACUUGACAUCACCAUUCUUCAACAAGCGUUUCUGUUUUGGCCACAACAUGUUUCUCUCUUCUUCCACCACUCGGUCUCAUCCCUCAGGUUUCCUAGCUCUGUUAGCUCUGGCCAUCUACACUGGCGUGACGGUCAACUUCUUUGGCAAGCGCUUCCUUGAUUGGCGCUUCUCCUGGUCCUACAUCGUAGCUUGGGUGGCCAUCAUCUUAUCUUUCGCUGCUGGUAAACUCCUUCUCUAAUAAACCCAUCGGUCUUUAAAUGUGUUUUAGAUAGCAUGUCUUGUACAUAAGCUAUAUUUCAAUGUAGCGUGCAGUCUGUAGUGGGGGUUUGGAUCCGCUGCAAUCGAUCUUCGAUUAGCAACACGCACUCCUUCAACAGAUCUGUGGUUAGGAUGGAUCUGCCAGCAACGGACAGUGCAGGUGCUGUAGAUUGUGUCAAGGUCACAUUGGCUGCAAAUAGCUUUUCAGGCCGUCCAAAUUCAGACUUGCCAGAAGUCUUAGUCCCUCUAAGUACAUGGUGUUGGCAUAUUGUCAAAUGUAACGCAGUGACUAUUUCCUUGUUGCUCGAACUUUCAGGUGUGUUCCAACUCUGUGCCUUUCAGAAGAACGUUGCAGAACCGCCCCCUACCAACGUUCAAGAAAGCUAAAUGGAACUCAUCUUUUACCUGCAUACUAAAGAAAAAUCUACCAACCACUAGUCUUUACUAUUGUCACUGAUAGCAAUGUGACAACAGCUAUGGAAACAACCUGUGUCUGGUCAAAUCUGCUGAACAGAAUAAAAUUGAAUAUUUGACUCCA